CUGUGCCUCUGCUAAUACGGUUAGCUCCGCUUCUUGUGACAGUGUGACGUCUGCUCAGCGCCGACUAUUCCAUUGAAAGAAAAAAAUGUUACUUGCUAACAAGGAUGUUAUAAAAUGGCUCGGAUUUUCUUCUUUUGAAAUUUUUAUCCAGCUAUCAUGCCUAUUGGUUUGCACCAUUCUCAUCAUGUGCAAGGUUGAACUUGAAAGCUUUGCUGACAUAUCAUGGUGGAGGAUUUUCAUUCCAAUGUUUGCUGCGGAUGGAAUGACUUUAUACUUCAGCACCAUUGUGUUUAUUCGUACUUUUCAUAAAGGAAACCACAAAGAAGCAUUUAGAAGAGUUUUGUGGGUUUCGUUACUCUUAGUGCUGCUGUUCUUAUUCAAGAUGCUACUCUGCCAGCUAUUAGAAGGUGCAAAAAAGACAUCAGCAGCCGGCGUCAUGUCACCUUUAUUCGUUCUUUGGGGUCUGCUCAUAAUAAGAGCUUGUAAAGUGACUUGAAACGCUAUACUACGAGAAUUCUGUGACCCGAAAUGCGAUCGGCUCAGGCAAAGGGGCCGCAAUACUCUGCUUCAAUAUGGCCUUGGUUUGGCGCCCAAUUUCUUCAAAUGGAAUUAAUCGAAUAACACUAACUGCUGUCAAUUGGAUUGGGCCAAAUGAUUUACAAAAUUGUAUUCAGGACUUCAAAUUUAAUCCAGUCGAAGUGGGGCAACCCCCAUUAUCUGCGAUAUGAUGGCUCAUGUAUCUAAUCUCUGAUAAUUAUCUAUUUCUAUAAUCAAAUUAUCAGAUCUUUUAACUAGAUAUUAAAAACCUUGGGUGUCGCUGCUCGAUAACCAGAUUUGGUUCUCCGCGGCUUCCCUUCCACAGUAAAAUUGUAUGUGAUUGUUUUUUACUGGUUGGAUAAAAUGAACUUGACUUAAAACCUACAGUCCAUGAAUUGGCUAUACAAAUUUUUCUAUACUUACAAUAGGUGAAGGGCUAUCAUGCACAAAAACUACAGGAUUUAUUACAAUUUACCAUAAUUAACAUACUGCAAUGAAAAAUAUCCAAUACCCAAUCCAACUUUGUUUUAUA